GUCGUUCAGAAUGAAAGCGUCAACCAAUAGCGUAAUGUACAAAAUAUAACCAUCACUCCCAAACCCCACCCAACACAGGCUGAAAGGAUGAAUGUUAAAAUAUUGGUUGCUGGAGUGUGAGGUGGGUAUUAGUGCCAGGCAUUGCUGCCAGGUUAAGUUGCAUUUCAGUGUUCCUGCUAAUACUGUGAUCGAAUGUUUAACUUCGCAAAUUGAAAAAAGAAACCGACAUUUUUAUAGCGCCUUUCACGCCGUCAGAAUGUUCCGGUGCUCCUCUACAGCUAUUGGAGUACUUGUGGUCGUUGUAAUUUGAAAUUAUUCAUGCCAGUCGGAAUUGAUUCAUUCCUCCUACGCUGUCAGAUACCCCUUUGCUUACAGCUGAUCGAUUAAAGUGACAAGCUUCAGAGAACACGCCUCUUUCCACUUAUAACUGAGGCGAGAGCUAUGUGAGUUGGUUGUGGAAGUCCCAGUCUGCAGACCAAUAGGUCGCCCAGCGGAAUACAACAGAUUGGGAGCAGACCUCCGACACCGAGUGAUGGACUUGCAGUGUGUCCGCCCUCAGCCACCCCACUGGAAUCAGUCGGAGGUGUCCAGCAUGUGGGGCGGCUUCAACUCCAGCUCCGAGCAGCCCAACAACAAAUCGGUCUUUGCUGCCGAGUGCGUGUCGGUUUCCGUGUUCUUCCCGGUCACUAUGAUGAUCGCUGGUAUCAUGGGCAACACGCUCGCUUUGCUGCUGGUGUAUAGGUCCUAUCACAAGAAGGAAAACAAGAGGAAGAAAUCCUUCCUGCUGAUUAUUGGAGCGCUGGCUCUGACCGAUCUGACUGGCAAACUACUGACGAGCCCGGUCGUUAUUUCAGUGUAUAUGGCCAACAGGCAGUGGAGCCGAGUGGACCCAUCCGGCAACUUGUGCAGUUUCUUUGGGCUCUGUAUGACCACGUUUGGCCUUUGCCCCUUGUUUUUGGCGAGUGCAAUGGCGAUUGAAAGGACCUUGGCUAUCCACGCUCCCCAAUAUUACUCCCAUCAUAUGACCACCAGGCUGACCAAACUGGUGGUGCUUUCUAUCUGGCUUGGGGUGGUUGCCUUUGCCUUGCUGCCCGUUGCUGGCGUUGGGAAGUACACUCUGCAGUGGCCAGGUACCUGGUGCUUCAUCAACACUGGCAACCAUAUCUUAGGCAACACCAUUUUUGCCUCCACCUUCACGGUGCUGGGUAUCACCUCCCUGUUGGUCACACUGAGCUGUAACGUGGCCACUAUCCGAGGGCUGGUGGUGCGCUGUAAGAAGAAGCUGACAACCUCGAACAGGCAAUGGGAACGGAUCACGGUGGAAACACUAAUGCAGUUGAUGGGGAUCAUGUGUGUGCUGAGUGUUUGCUGGUCCCCUCUCCUGGUACUGAUGUCGAAAAUGAUCUACACUGAAAGUUCUACAGAUCACUGCUACACAUCUCCAAAUAACAUCUCAGGCCUAAACAAUGUACUGCAAGCGGACUGCAAUUUUCUCCUCACAGCCAUUAGAUUGGCAUCGCUAAAUCAGAUCCUAGAUCCAUGGAUUUAUUUAUUGCUGCGAGAAAUCCUGUUAAGGAAAGUGUGCCAAGUAGCUAAUGCUGUUACUAAUUGUUCAGUUGAGGAGUUCAAGGAGAUUCCUCUAACAGUAGAACCAAGAGACCAAGAGAAGAAACAAACAACAUAAAUGAGAGAAAACAAAAUUUGAUAAUUGGGUUGAUUAUAUGAUGAGAGAAAAUCUCACCCUUGACUCUUUUCAUGUGAAAUAUGCAUGAGGAGCAACUCUUACAAGGUUUUGAGUUAAUUCAUUUGCUUUAUCUGAACUGCUGAUUUAUUAAAUCUGUAAGUCACGUGUCAUUCCAUAGAGAUUGUUUGAUUUACAUUACCUUUGAUGGCUGGCAAUGAACUGGUAUUCUAUUUGCCCCUCAUUGGUGAUGCAAUGUACUUGGCAGGAAGAGACAGCUCAGCUCAACACUGCACAGAACACCUGCAUGACCUGGGAACAGAUGCCAAAGCAUUUGGCAUGCCUUAAGGCUACCAAGGUAAAGCUUUCAGCAAUUCCAUUUAGCUGAGAGAUUGCUCAAGAAUGCAUGCCACAAUGAGUGCCUAUUGAUCUGCUUUGCAUUUACUGCUCCCCAUGCCGAAGUCUCAUACAUUUUUUCAUUUGUUUUCACCAGCAUGCACACAUUGAAGCUGAAACUUAAAACUAAUUUCAACAUGGCUCACAUUUGAAAUUGAGAUAUAGACAAUUAAAUUUGCAUAAUGCCUGAAGCAAUCUACUCUGGAACGAUGAUGAACUGGAUCAAAACUUCUGGAAUAUUUGAAUUGGCAUUUGACACAUUGGGAAAGAUCAUUUACUUGCAAUGUAUCAUGAUAUACCUUAUGAUUGUUCUAAAUGGUUUGUCAAAAUUGAGGCCACUCCGAUAAGAAAACUGCUAAAAGAACCACAGGAAGAUGAGAAAAAUGAUUUUCACAAUGAGUUGCCAUUAGAAUGCAUUGCAUGAAAAGGAGAUGGAAGCAGAUUCAAUGAUACGUGUGAAAGGAAUGAGAAUGUAGAAAUGUAAUGAAAAAGGAGAACGUUCCAGAAAGAGCAUGAGUAAUUGGAUCAGUUGGAUAUAUUUUCAGAGAGUCAGCAUAGAUAGACUGACCAUCUUCUAUGUUGUGAGAUGCAAUUAUUUUGAGAUGCACUUCAUUUCAAUGUCAACCCAAUACAAAACAUGAACCAUUAAAAAAAAUUGAGGAAAAUGAAAGGGAAAGAAGAUAGUCUGCAUUUGUCUAACUUCAUGGGAAUAUCCCAGCAUUGAACUCCAAUUUUCCCUGAUAUGUCUUGGUUUACAUGGGUAACAGUAGGAGCACUGUUCUGCCUUUUGUGUUCUGUGUCUGGCCCAUUAAUUGGGUUUAAUGGUCCAGAUCGUUAUUAGUUGUGAUGGAUUCUCAUUCUCCACCUCUUCCCUAUUAAAUCAUCUUUCAGAGUUUACUGUCUAAUAACUAGGAUUUGAGAAACAGCAACCAAUGGGAAUCAGCAUUUUUGGAAGAUAGAGGAAAAAUGGUGGUAUCAAAACAAUUAUAAAUCUUGGAAUUUUUCAGUAAAUUAUUUUGUUGUUCGAUAGAAACAGUAUCUAAUUGUGCUCAGUAAUUUAAAGACUAUUACAUAUCCUCAUGGGAAAUACAGCUAUCUACAGAUGAGAUUAGUUAUACAAUUCACUCUUUAUAUGUAAUAUUUAUAAAUAUAAUAAGGUAAUUAAUUUUCUCUUACUUAGACCAGAGAUUCUGCAGUGAUCAAGUACAGUUUUACAUGAUGCACAUGUAUAAAUUAACUUAAAAGAUGAACAUUUUAAUUAGAUGGAGAUCAUCAAUGGAAUUUUAUUCAAUGUACUUAAAGUGUGCUAAUAUCCUGUUAACUUUGAGUAGCUGACACUGAUCCUAAGAAUAUUAAUGUAGGUGCAGUUUUAUUUGGAAAGGGAGCACUUACAUACAGAAAAAUUAUAAAUUAACAACAGUAUCCUGAAGUGAACUGUCCUAAAAUUGAUUUGUCCAGAAUGCAUGGAUCUUUUGUUACUUUCUUGCACCUUACAACUAUGGUGCAUUCUAACAUUUUUAACCAUUGUGCUGUUAUAUUUCAUGUUUGUGUAAGUUGGCAUCAAGUUGCACUUUUCUUAUGAAAGAAAUACAAUAUGGAAAAUCUAUUAAUUGUAACAAAUUAUGUGUUGUUUGAUAUAUUAUGUAUGCUUAUCUGUGUUCAGAACAAUAAUAGCUGUCAAAUUCAAAGCUUA